AUGACCUCCUCCGAACAAGCCAUCAUCAUUUCCGCCUGGCCCUGUACCGGCAAAACUACCUUCGCGCAGACAUGGACACAACACACCGUGUUCGAUAUAGACUCGUCGGCCUACGACCUGAAGAGCUCAGCCGGGACGAAGAAAUACGUCGAGGACAUACAGGCCAGGGCUAGGGCAUCUCCAGAUGCCAUCGUCCUGGUCAGCUCUCAUGCUGAGGUGCGCCAGCUUCUGAGGGACAAGGGUCUGAAGUACCUGGCUGUUUCUGUUGACGACCUCGAGGACUGGAAGGAGCGUCAGGAAGCGCGAGUCACAGGCGAGAACGAUCUAGCCCAGCUGGGCCUCCUGAAGAAGGGCUUAUCGGAAUGGGAUACCUGGACAAAGAGGGAGGCUGGCGAAGGGCUUAACAAGAUUGUUCUUGGGCGGGGACAGUAUCUUGCGAGCUCAGAUGUCGUAGAGGAAAUCCUGAAGGUGGUUAAAUAG